UUUCGAUUUUGUGAAUUUUUUAAAUAAGAGUGUUAUUUUGAUGACGUCAAAGGAGGGUGACCUUUCACCUCACUAUCCCAACAUGGCUGCCCAGACAGACGCGAAGAAGACGAUGCCCAAGUACAUCAAGUUCCUCUUCGGAGGGCUUGCGGGCAUGGGUGCAACUCUAUUUGUUCAACCCCUCGACCUGGUGAAAAAUAGAAUGCAGCUAAGUGGUGAAGGAGGGGGGAAGAGACAAUAUAAGACCAGUUUUCAUGCUGUGUCAAGUAUAUUGAGAUCUGAAGGCAUUAUUGGCAUGUAUACAGGGUUGUCUGCAGGGCUUCUACGACAAGCCUCCUACACCACCACCCGUCUGGGUAUCUACACCAUUCUGUUUGAGAAAUUUAGCAAGAAUGGUCAGCCCCCUAACUUCUUCAUGAAAGCAGGGAUAGGUAUGACAGCAGGUGCAAUUGGUGCAUUUGUAGGAACUCCUGCAGAGAUCUCACUUAUAAGGAUGACAGCAGAUGGAAGAUUACCGGUAGCUGAAAGAAGGAACUACAGCAGUGUUUUCAAUGCCUUGGCUCGGAUAACUAGGGAAGAAGGUCUCUUCACUUUAUGGAGAGGUUGUGGCCCGACGGUGUCCAGAGCUGUUGUGGUGAAUGCAGCUCAGCUGGCAUCUUACUCUCAAGCCAAGCAGUUCCUCUUGGGUACAGGUUGGUUUCGUGACAACAUCCUGUGUCACUUUUUUGCCAGUAUGAUCAGUGGUCUGGUCACCACUGCUGCCUCCAUGCCAGUGGACAUUGCGAAAACCAGGAUACAGAACAUGAAGGUAGUGGAUGGGAAGGCUGAGUAUCGCGGAGCGCUGGACGUGCUGUACAAGGUCAUCAGACAGGAGGGGCUGUUCAGCCUGUGGAAGGGGUUCACCCCAUACUACUUCCGUCUGGGCCCCCACACGGUCAUCACCUUUAUCUUCCUGGAACAGAUGAACCGCCUCUACAGAAAGGUCAUCAUGGGGGAGGAGGGGACAGGCAGCAGCCUCUAGGGGGAGGGCUCUGCAAAGAUUUUACCUGGGAUGUCUUGGUCUAUGGGCUAGAGCCAACCAAGAUAGUGCCCAGCUUACCGUAAGACUUGGCUGUAGCAGUAGAGUUCGCAUCUCUCAGCUCCUUGAACAGAAUGAUGUAAAAGACUGUCCAACAUAACCCUUUGUAAGGUUCAGCUCUAUGUAGAUGUAUCGUUCACUGAUAAUGUCAUUAAACAAUAAAGAAAUUGAUCAUAAAAAGAAAGGGAUUUACUCAGGCACUACACCUCAAGUCGUUCAUUCACUUUCCCCAGUAAAACAAGACUGAAACCAUGCCUCAAUCAUACUGACUUCGCAAGCACCCAUUGUUACUGGAACAAUUUUGAAGCAAUUUUAACAGUGCAAUAUCCUUAAGUAUGGUUUGGAGCAAACAUCGAUAAAACACCAAUGGAAGUUGGCAGUCACCUUUUAGUCCACAUGUAAGAUUUGAAGCUACUGGGACUGAACCUUAGAUUGUUAUGCUGUGCUGGAUAGGUUGACAACAGACAUGUGGCAAGAUUGUCAUUCGAUGGACUCAAGUUGCCCUCACAGUGAUUAUUCCUGUACCCUUAAUAUUGUGAAGUCUGGUGAAUUCUUCACUCACAAACGUCUAUAUUUGUAUGUGAACAAACUAUUUAUGACAUGUAGAUACAAACAUUUGAAAGAGAAAAGCUGUAUUUGUCUUUCAUGUGAUGAUAAACUAUGAGCUAGCUUGUCACAUGUUGGAGCUGAGAGCUAUGCAAUGACAACUAUUACUACAACCAAGUCGAGUAUGUUCAAUAAGGUGACUUAGAAAAAAACUCUAGAUUGCUUAAUAAAUGUUAUGUCUUAUAUUAUUGUACACUGCCUGUCAUAUCUGAUGCAGCCCUAGAAAUGUUGUAAUUUGUAAAAGGGUGAUGGAGUAAUAUUUUGUUAGAAUGUAUCUACCAGAUGUAGCGCGUUGGCUGGAAUGAAUAUAGCCCACCUCAGGUUAUUACCAGUUUUUAAAUCUUGAUGCUGUCAAACCGUACCCAAGAAGACCACUCAGGGGGCCAGUAAAGUCAAGUCUAUGUGGACAGUGGUCACUAUGGGCAGGAUUCUUUGUCAGUGAAGAAAUCAUCUUUAAAGGGACAACCAAAAUGGCCCGUACAUAGAUGUGGUCACAGGUUUGACUGUAUUUAGGAUAGUGGAUGGAACAGUCGUGGUGCUCCAACAACCCAUUCAGAGGUCAAGGGAUAGGUGAGGUGAGCUCUGCUUAUAGAGACCAUGUGUGUAAAAUGUUACAAAUGCUGUGGUGACUGCAGCAUGUGGAUAAAAAUUGUGGGUCAUCCUAACUGUGGAGCAAUUAAAAUAUUCAGAAGUAAUUCAGAAGUAAAAUCGCCAGCUUAUGUAUGUCCCUUAUUUUAAGAUUGAAAUAAAUUGUCUUGUUAUGUUUAAGCUGUUAACUCUAUAAUCAUGGGGGAAAACGAUAAGUGUUUUGCUGUUAUGUAAACGUUCAGAAACGUCUUAUCAAACUGCCAAUUUGUCACAAAUUUGUUUCUUACUGAUUUUACUGAUUUUUGAACUGAUUUUUUACUUCAGUUGUCAGACUAGAUAUAAAACACCAAGACUGCACAAGGGAUGUUCUGUUAAGUUGUAAACAAAUAUUUUCCACCAGUGUUUCUUUUUAAAUGUGUUGCCAUCAACUCUUGCAACUUGUAUCAUAAUUCAAGGUGAAGAUUUGAAAGACACAAAGUAACUUUUCAGCUGCAGCGAAAACAUCAGUUUGUUACAGUAUUGAAUGAUGAUUAAGUCACAUGACAUUAAGUGACAUGACAUGAUGCCUUUGCCUAGCAUUAUCAUUGUAAAAUUCACUUUUAUGUUUGAAUACUUUUUAUGUGUUUCCCAAAAAGGGAUGUAAAGGAAAUAAAGGGGGGGAAAUAAAGCAAC